GUCGCUACUUUUACUUACAGUGACGCAGGUUAUUGUAUCGUGUUUGCCUUUUUCCCUCUGGGGGAAUCGAGCUCGUCCAAUUCACUUAAAUAUCCUUCUCUUCCUCUUACCACCACCAUCAUUAUGGCCUCCUCGACGUCGACGGCAGAAAAGCGUGACGUACACAACCCUUUACUCUUUGAAUGUGCUUGGGAAGUCGCCAACAAGGUCGGCGGUAUCUACACCGUUAUCAAGACCAAAGUUCCAGUGACCGUCUCUGAGUAUGGGGACCGUUAUUGUCUCAUUGGCCCUCUCAGCUAUAAAACAGCACCCAUGGAAGUCGAACAGCAGGAACCUUCAGAUCCUCAUCUAGCUGGAACGCUCGAGAGUAUGCGAUCUCAGGGUAUCAAAGCGCUAUAUGGGCGCUGGCUUAUUGAGGGCGGCGCUCCUCGAGUAAUACUGUUCGACACAGGUAGCGCGUACUCAAGGUUGGACGAAUGGAAAAACGAUCUCUGGAAUUUGGCAGGGAUCCCUAGUCCUCCAAAUGAUAACGAAACGAACGAGACGAUUGUGUUUGGUUACCUGGUGGCUUGGUUCCUAGGCGAAUAUGUUUCCCGCCAACUCACAACUGCUGUCGUCGCACACUUUCACGAAUGGCAAGCGGGUCUCGCUAUUCCACUUUGCAGAAAAAGGCACAUUGAUAUCACGACUGUUUUUACCACCCACGCCACACUCUUGGGCCGGUACUUGUGUGCUGGUUCAGUGGAUUUCUACAACAACUUGCAGUACUUUGAUGUGGAUCACGAAGCUGGAAAACGCGGCAUCUAUCACAGGUACUGCAUAGAACGCAGUGCGGCUCACUGCGCCGACGUUUUUACGACAGUCUCUCAUAUCACUGCGUACGAAUCAGAACAUUUGCUCAAGCGCAAACCGGAUGGAGUACUACCCAAUGGCCUCAAUGUUGUGAAGUUCCAGGCUAUGCACGAGUUCCAAAACCUUCACUCAACAAGCAAGGCCAAGAUCAACGAAUUCGUGCGAGGCCACUUUUAUGGGCAUUAUGAUUUCAAUUUGGAGAACACGCUUUACAUGUUCACUGCCGGUCGAUACGAGUACAGAAACAAAGGUGUCGACAUGUUUAUUGAAUCCUUGGCUCGUCUGAAUUACCGGCUGCAGAAGGCAGGGUCUACGAUCACGAUCAUCGCAUUUAUUAUCAUGCCCGCAGCUACCAAUUCUUACACCAUCGAAGCUCUGAAGGGCCAGGCUGUCACCAAACAGCUUCGCGAUACGGUCACUGAAAUCCAAAACCGAAUUGGUGCGCGAUUAUUUGACCAUGCAGCACGAUUCCAUGGGGAUCUGAAAGCCAUCCCGACGCCAGAUGACCUCCUAUCCGCUGAAGAUCAAGUUUUAUUGAAGCGUCGUAUCUUCGCCUUGAAACGAAACUCGUUACCCCCAGUCGUGACACACAACAUGGUUGACGACGCCAACGACCCUAUCCUCAACCAGAUUCGCCGGGUGAAAUUGUUUAAUAACAGUCAUGAUCGCGUCAAAGUUGUCUUCCAUCCUGACUUCCUCAACUCCAACAACCCUAUUCUUGGAAUGGAUUACGAGGAGUUUGUUCGUGGUUGUCAUCUGGGCGUUUUCCCGAGUUAUUAUGAGCCAUGGGGCUAUACGCCGGCGGAGUGUACGGUGAUGGGUAUUCCAAGCAUAACAACAAACUUAUCUGGCUUCGGUUGUUUCAUGCAGGAUCUCAUCGAGAGACCUCAAGAUGAAGGCUGCUACAUCGUCGACAGACGCACGCAAUCUGUCGAGGAUUCUGUCAACCAGCUCACGGAACAUAUGUUCUCGUUCUGCAGCAAGACGAGACGUCAACGGAUUAACCAACGUAACCGUGUUGAACGGCUUAGUCCACUUUUGGAUUGGAAGAAUUUGGGAAUCGAGUAUAGUAAGAGUAGGCAAUUGGCUUUGAGGAGGGCCUAUCCUGAUCAGUUCUAUGGACCUGAUGGUGAACCUUACGAGGUAAAUGGGUUUGAGGGUGAAGACCCAGACUUCUUUGGUGGAGGCGUAAGCAGGAUGCCGCCUUUGAGUAUGCCUGCUAGUCCGAAGUUGAGGGGUGUGGCCACACCCGGAGACCUCGGAACGUUGACCGAAGAGAUGCAAGCCCUCUCGACCAGUGACUACAGAGGUUCUGGAUGGCCUACGUCUCUGGAAGAUGAAGAAGACUCUUAUCCCUUCCCAUUGGUGAUGAAGGUACGCUCGAGAGCCGGAUCUGUUAUGAGUGGUGCCAGUACACCUGGAGGUGGUGCCCAUAGAAGCUUGAGCGAGCGCGAUCUUCAGCAGGCGGACGAAGCUCUCAGUCAGGUCAAUGGAGUGGUUGCUUCCGACAGUAAGGAGACUGUAACCGCGUGA